AUGAAGUCCGACAGCUGCUUCGUCGUGAAGGGUAGCCUGACGCUAGAGAUGGAUCUCCUCCGGAUGAGCGGUUGCCGCUCGAUGGGCCAUGGUGGCGCUUUACGAACUCUGGGAGAUCUGACCGUGAUAGGAGGAAAGUUGGAGUUCGACGACUGCCAUGCUUUCCAGGGUGGAGCCGUCUACGUCGAAGGCAGGACACAAAUCAGGGGAGGAGAAGCCACGUUUACAAAAUGCACGGCAUCCAUGAGUGUCAGGGGCUUCAACACCCGCAAGGCCACGCAUAAGUUUCUGCGCGAAAUUCACCGCGUGCGCUUUCACCAGCUCCAGUAUUGUGGGGGAGGGCUUGCCGUCGACGGAUCUCUGCUAUUGCAAGAAGCUCGGAUGACGUUUGAGAGCUGCAGUGCAGAAGAAUUCGGGGGAGCCCUCUGCGUUAUCGGAGGAUUCGACCAACAGGGCGGGUCCAUGAACUUCAACACCUGCACAAGUGGACGUGCCGCAGGGGGGGUGUACGUUAAUGGGAGCUUCUACGAGGAAAGUGGUGCCAUGUACUUCAAGAAUUGCACGAGCAGUGAGAAAGGAGGUGGCAUGUUCCUGCGCUGCACUCAGGCUGGCUCCAAGUCAUGCGGAAUCAGCCAAUCACGUUUGACGUUCCGUUCCUGCUCCUCUGCCGUGGGGGGUGGCCUGUCGUUGUCCGGGGCUCUGGACCUGAUGCAUUCCAACGCCAGCUUUGAGUACUGCCGUGCGGCAAUUGAAGGAGGAGGACUUGGGGUCACGAGUGGGUCUGCAGUUUCAGCUCGAGUUGUGAGUCUCGAAUUCAAGCAGUGUGCUGCCGGCAGAUAUGGCGGUGGAAUUCACUCCCUUAAGGCAAAGAUGAGACUUGACCAGUCUAACAUGACCUUUGUCGAGUGUACGGCUGGUCGAAUAGGAGGUGGCUUCGCGGUCCGUGACGGACGGCUCACCCACGCCCGUGGCAAGAUGUCGUUCCACUUCUGUAAGGCUUAUGCGGGCGCGGCCUUCAGCUCUACUUUGGGUGCUGAACUGGCUGACGUUGACGUUGACAUGUGCACCAGCUUGGGUGCAGAAGUCACGAGUUCCAUGGGCAAUAUUUCGAUUCAACGUUUGACCUUUGUCUACGAUGGUCCUUCUGCUGGGUAUGAGCCGUCUUUGGUGGCACCGAACGUUUCCAUAUCAGAAGUGAAUUGCACAGCAACCCACCAGUGCACUUUGCGUGCUGCCACCUUGCGCAUCCCGUCCCUACUUUGCCCACCUGGGCGCGAAAUCGAAAAGCAUUCUGCCUCCCUUCCUCAUGAGCCACACCAUGGCUGCAGAUUGUGUGAGCCCGGGCAUUUUCAGCCGCUUCCAUGGCGCAAUCCGUAUUGCUUCCCAUGCCCCGGCGAAGCAAAGGCAUGCGACGCCGUGUCUGUGACAAUGCAGGCUGGCUACAUGCUCAAUGUCCCGAAUCUCUCGUCGCUCAUUGACUUCAGCGAACUGGAGUCGGUUAAGCGGACCUACUUCUGUCCGAAUGCUGCUUCCUGCCCAGGAGGACGGCUGGCCUACCAGAAUCAGACAGCUAUGUGUUCGCCAGGGGCGACCGGUGAAGGAUGUGAGUUCUCAACGCCCGGCUAUGCUGACGGGGAUUAUGCCAACCCGUAUGGCAAGUUCGAAUGUCCCACUGCGCCGUCGGUUUGGGUUGCGGCUGCCAGCUACCUAUUCGGCAAGGAUCUGUUUGUUUUCGUGCUCGCUUCCUCUUCAGUGCUCGGUGCAAAAGCUGGGAGAAAGGAGAGUGCCGUCCUUGUGAAUCAUUUGAUGGCCUUUGGCAUCAUUGCUUCCCGCUGUUUGGCGGCCCUGAUGCAGACCGAAGUUUUUGCUGGGCAGUCCGUGUUUUUCAGAGACGUGUUGGAUGCAUGGGGCAUUGUGAUUGAUACAGGAACUGGACAAGCCGCUUCCGGCACACCUGUAUCUUGCUUUCCGAAGGCCAUGUACGACGAUUCCGGUUUAACGGGCUUCUUCCUGAAAUUCGCUUUGGCCAAUGCUCCAGCCCUGCUACUGGUGUGCGUCUUUGGUUGCGCGAAAGGAUUUUGGCUCAGCAUCAUUGUAGGGAGUAACUGCUUCUUGCCAGCAUUUUGCGGACGCCUGAGUACGCUCCUCAUAUCAUUUAGGCCAACCGCAGCUGAUGGUCCUCGGUUCUAUUAUGACAUUGAUAACGGUCAGCAAUGGAUGAUGGUGCUUGCAACUGUCAUGGUGCUGACCAUCUGCUUCAGUGCUACAAUCUGGUUGUUUUUGCGGGCGACGCAUUCUGACCAGGACCCUGGCUCGCUGCAAGUGUUAUACCUGGCGGCUCCUUACAAGCCACAGUAUGCCUCGUGGGAGGUGGAGCGGCUACUGCGCAAGAUGACAUUCAGUGUGAUUUGUACGGCCUUUCCGGUGACAAUGCACCCCAUGACCCAGCUAGCGCUACUGGCCUGCAUUUCGAUUGUGUCGGCUGCGCUGUACUUGAAGCUGCAGCCCUAUAGCCUAGCCAAAUUCAACGAAAUGGAGACCGGCUUGCUCUUGGCAGCCAACGUGAUGGCCGUUCUGACUCUACUCAGUUCCCAUCCAUCAGCGGAUUGGGGUACAUAUUUACCUGGCAUCCAGUUCGCGGCAGGUAUGGCCGCCGUUUCAAUCGGCACAGGCUGCACGGUUUGGAUGGCCAUCCUGAUAGGCGCUGCAUUUAUGACGGAGCGUGAGAAAGAGUAA